AUGGUGGCCAGCCAACAGCUGGCCAUGGGCAACGGUUCAAUCAAAGCCCCACGGCCAGAGGACAGAUGCCUGGCCUCCAGCCUCAAGGUGGAGCCUCAGGACAGUCCGGCGUGGGACACGGAGCCCCUGAGGCUCAGGAUAGCCCACCUGGAAGAGGAGUUGGCCCAGAGGGACCAGGAGUUUAAAGCCCAGGAGCUGCAGCUGCAAAGCCUGCAGAGAGAGCUGGAGGCUAAAGUCUCCCAGUUAGAAAAGCUCCAGGAUGCCAUCGGCUAUAACAGCCUGGGCCGCUCCGCUCCGGCUCCCAACCACCACAGCCACCGCCUGCUCAGUGUCAUCAACCAGGGUCCCACCCGCUUCCACAGGGUGGCCGUGGAGGUCCACCGCAGGCUCAAGGCUAAGGAGGGCGUGUCGGCCGAACCCACCUCAGGGCACUUCUGCGGGGGUUUCAGAGCCCACCAUGAGUCCAUAGAGAGGGCCCGUGUCCGCAAGGACUCCAGGUGGGUGUCAGACAUCAACAGGAGGGUUAAUAACUCUAGAAACAAUUCCAUGUAGUGGUGGACAGCCCAGACUGAUUAUCCUCUACUCAUAUACAGUGCAUUCGGAAAGUAUUCAGACCCCUUGACUUGUUCCACAUUUUGUUACGUUACAGCCUUAUUUUAAAAUUGAUUAAAUUAUUUUUUCUCCUCAUCAAUCUACACACAAUACCCCAUAGUGACCCAUAGUCCCCUGUAGCUCAGUUGGUAGAGCAUGGCGCUUGCAACGCCAGGGUUGUGGGUUCGUUUCCCACGGGGGGCCAGUAUGAAAAUGUAUGCACUCACUAACUGUAAGUCGUUCUGGAUAAGAGCGUCUGCUAAAUUGCUAAAAUGUAAAUGUAAUGACAACGCGAAAACAGGUUUAGAAAUGUUUGCAAAUUUACCUUAUUUACAUAAGUAUUCAGACCCAUUGCUAUGAGACUCAAAAUUGAGCUCAGGUGCAUCCUGUUUCCAUUGAUCAUCCUUGAAAUGUUUCUACAACUUCAUUGGAGUCCACUUGUGGUAAAUUCAAUCGAUUGGACAUGAUUUGGAAAGGCACACAUCUGUUUAUAUAAGGUCCCACAGUUGACAGUGCAUGUCAGAGCAUCAACCAAGCCAUGAGGUCGAAGAAAUUGUCCGCAGAGCUCUGAGACAGUAUUGUGUCGAGGCACCGAUCUGGGGACGGGUAGCAAAAAACAUUCUGCAGCAUUGAAGGUCCCCAAGAACACAGUGGCCUCCAUCAUUCUUAAAUGGAAGAAGUUUGGAACCACCAAGACUCUUCAAAGAGCUGGCCGCCCGGCCAAACUGAGCAAUCGGGGGAGAAGGGCCUUGGUCAGGGAGGUGACCAAGAACCCGAUGGUCACUGACAGAGCUCCAGAGUUCCUCUGUGGAGAUGGGAUAACUUUCCAGAAGGACAACAAUCUCUGCAGCACUCCACCAAUCAGGCCUUUAUGGUAGAGUGGCCAGAUGGAAGCCACUCCUCAGUAAAAGGCACAUGACAGCCCGCUUGGAGUUUGCCAAAAGGCACCUAAAGAAUCUCAGACCAUGAGAAACAAGAUUCUCUGGUCUGAUGAAACCAAGAUUGAACUCUUUGGCAUGAAUGCCAAGUGUCACAUCUGGAGGAAACCUGGCACCAUCCCUACGGUGAAGUAUGGUGGUGGCAGCAUCAUGCUGUGGGGAUGUUUUUCAGUGGCAGGAACUGGGAGACUAGCCAUGAUUAAGGGAAAGAUGAACAGAGCAAAGUACAGAGAGAUCCUUGAUGAAAAUAUGUUCCAGAGUGCUCAGGACCUCAGACUGGAGCGAAGGUUCACCUUCCAACAGGACAACGACCCUGAGCACACAGCCAAGACAACGCAGGAGUGGCUUCGGGUCAAGUCUUUGAGUGGACCAGCCAGUGCCCGGACUUGAACCCGAUCGAAAAUCUUUGGAGAGACCUGACAGAGCCAAAGGUGCUUCAACAAAGGUCUGAAUACUUUCAGUUUUUUAUUUUUAAUACAUUUGCAAAAAUGUCUAAACCUGUUUUUGCUUUGUCAUUAUGGGGUAUUGUGUGUAGAUUGAUGACGGCUAUAACGUAACAAAAUGUGGAAAAAGUAAAGGGGUCUGAAUACUUUCCAAAUGCACUGUAUACCCAGUUGUACUGUAUGUGAUAAUGGGCCACAUGUCAUUACAUGCAAGCAGAAAUGUUUCCCAAUAGGUUAGAAGCAAUCAGCUGGGUCUGUGAUGAUAAAGCCUGCCUUGAAUCAUUAUUUGUUCUCACUGAAAGCUGGGGUCUGGUAUAGGCUACAUGCACAUUAAAAAAAACUAUGCCGGGAUUCAAUCUGAUCUUGCUUUGUCCGCAAUGCACGUUUUAAAGGCAAUGUUCCCGUGUUUGCGGAGACCACAUUCACAGGAAACGGUGCAUAUGUCGGUUUAAUUGUCAAUGACCUUUUAAAUGGCGCAUUGUCCAAAUCCGUGUUCUGAUUGAUUCUCGGCCCAAGUCUUCUCAGGAAAACAGGCUGACUCUCUUGAAAGAACAACUGCUCUGGCCAAGCCUUUGUAGUGUCUGCCUCUCCAAGGAGAUUUGAAAGCCUGUAUUAGCAUUGGGGAUAAUAGGAAGGCGGGGAAAACAAAGGCCUGAGCAUCAAUAUGCAAUAUGCAUGGACUGAAUAAUUAUGGCUUCAACUAAUCAGACCUCGGUUGCCUGCCCCCUACUCUCCUGCUUUAGUCCAUUCACCAGGUCCAUUUUAGGUUAAUGGACUGGCCCUCGGCUGUCUGAUGUGAUAACUAGAGGCCUUGUAGUUAAGAGGGAUACAGGGGCAAACUGACAGCCCUAAUGAUACUACAUCAACAGUUUGUCUUUUCAAAUCCAAAUAAAAUGAAUAAAAAAUUGUAUCAUGCGCCAAAUGCAACAGUUGUAGACCUUACCGUGAAAUGCUUACUUACAAGCCCUUAUCCAACAAUGCAGUAAAAAAAAUUUGAGUUAAGAAAAUAUUUACUAAAUAAACUAAAUAAAUAAAACAUUUAAAGAAGAAAAAGUAACACAAUAAAAUAAUAAUAAUGAGGCUACAGUGAGGAAAAAAAGUAUUUAGUCAGCCACCAAUUGUGCAAGUUCUCCCACUUAAAAAGAUGAGAGAGGCCUGUAAUUUUCAUCAUAGGUACACGUCAACUAUGACAGACAAAUUGAGAAGAAAACAAAUCCAGAAAAUCACAUUGUAGGAUUUUUUAUGAAUUUAUUUGCAAAUUAUGGUGGAAAAUAAGUAUUUGGUCACCUACAAACAAGCAAGAUUUCUGGCUCUCACAGACCUGUAACUUCUUCUUUAAGAGGCUCCUCUGUCCUCCACUCGUUACCUGUAUUAAUGGCACCUGUUUGAACUUGUUAUCAGUAUAAAAGACACCUGUCCACAACCUCAAACAGUCACACUCCAAACUCCACUAUGGCCAAGACCAAAGAGCUGUCAAAGGACACCAGAAACAAAAUUGUAGACCUGCACCAGGCUGGGAAGACUGAAUCUGCAAUAGGUAAGCAGCUUGGUUUGAAGAAAUCAACUGUGGGAGAAAUUAUUAGGAAAUGGAAGACAUACAAGACCACUGAUAAUCUCCCUCGAUCUGGGGCUCCACGCAAGAUCUCACCCCGUGGGGUCAAAAUUAUCAAAGAACGGUGAGCAAAAAUCCCAGAACCACACGGGGAGACCUAGUGAAUGACCUGCAGAGAGCUGGGACCAAAGUAACAAAGCCUACCAUCAGUAACACACUACGCCGCCAGGGACUCAAAUCCUGCAGUGCCAGACGUGUCCCCCUGCUUAAGUCAGUACAUGUCCAGGCCCGUCUGAAGUUUGCUAGAGUGCAUUUGGAUGAUCCAGAAGAGGAUUGGGAGAAUGUCAUAUGGUCAGAUGAAACCAAAAUAUAACUUUUUGGUAAAAACUCAACUCGUCGUGUUUGGAGGACAAAGAAUGCUGAGUUGCAUCCAAAGAACACCAUACCUACUGUGAAGCAUGGGGGUGGAAACAUCAUGCUUUGGGGCUGUUUUUCUGCAAAGGGACCAGGACGACUGAUCCGUGUAAAGGAAAGAAUGAAUGGGGCCAUGUAUCGUGAGAUUUUGAGUGAAAACCUCCUUCCAUCAGCAAGGGCAUUGAAGAUGAAAUGUGGCUGGGUCUUUCAGCAUGACAAUGAUCCCAAACACACCGCCCGGGCAACGAAGGAGUGGCUUCGUAAGAAACAUUUCAAGGUCCUGGAGUGGCCUAGCCAGUCUCCAGAUCUCAACCCCAUAGAAAAUCUUUGGAGGGAGUUGAAAGUCCGUGUUGCCCAGCGACAGCCCAAAAACAUCACUGCUCUAGAGGAGAUCUGCAUGGAGGAAUGGGCCAAAAUACCAGCAACAGUGUGUGAAAACGUUUGACCUGUGUCAUUGCCAACAAAGGGUAUAUAACAAAGUAUUGAGAAACAUUUGUUAUUGACCAAAUACUUAUUUUCCACCAUAAUUUGCAAAUAAAUUUAUUAAACAUCCUACAAUGUGAUUUUCUGGAUUUUUUUCCUCAUUUUGUCUGUCAUAGUUGACGUGUACCUAUAAUGAAAAUUACAGGCCUCUCUCAUCUUUUUAAGUGGGAGAACUUGCACAAUUGGUGGCUGACUAAAUACUUUUUUCCCCUACUGUAUAUACAGGGGGGGGGUCAAUGCAAAUAGUCCGGGUGGCCAUUUGAUUAAUUGUUCAGCAGUCUUAUGGCUUGGGGGUAGAAGCUGUUAAGGAGCCUUUUGGACCUAGACUUGGCUCUCCGGUACCGUUGCCAUGUGGUAGCAGAGAGAACAGUCUAUGACUUGGGUGACUGUAGUCUUUGACAAUUUUUUGGGCCUUCCUCUGACACCACCUAGUAUAUAGGUCCUGGAUGGCAGGAAGCUUGGCCCCAGUGAUGUACUGGGCUGUACGCACUACCCUCUGUAGCGCCUUACGGUCAGAUGCCGAGCAGUUGCCAUACCAGGCGGUGAUGUAACCGGUCAGGAUGCUCUCGAUGGUGCAGCUGUAGAACUUUUUGAGGAUCUGGGGACCCAUGCCAAAUCUUUUCAGUCUUCUGAGGGGGAAAAGGCAUUGUCGUGCCCUCUUCACAGCUUUCUUGGAGUGUUUGGACCAUGAUAGUUUGUUGGUGAUGUGGACACCAAGUAGCUUGAAACUCUCGACCCGCUCCACUACAGCCCCGUUGAUGUGAAUGGGGGCGUGUUCGCCUCCUUUUCCUGUAAUCCACGAUCAUCUCCUUUGUCUUGCUCACGUUGAGGGAGAGGUUGUUGUUCUGGCACCACACUGACAGGUCUCUGACCUCCUCCCUAAAGGCUGUCUCAUCGUUGUCGGUAAUCAGGCCUACCGCCGUUGUGUCGUCAGCAAACUUAAUGAUGGUGUUGGAGUUGUGCUUUUACGUGGCUGUUUUAGAGACUAGUAAAAAUAUAGUUCUUUGUCCAUCUGUGAAAACAUGAAUGUUGUAGUAAAAACACAGUAGUAAUGGCGUCAUUGAAAGUCUCUCGUGACAAAGCAUUUACUCAUGGUCGUGCAAACUCAACCACCAGUUAGCAGCCCCUACUGUAUGUAGGGCUAAGGGGGCUGUUUAAGGGGAAAUCAUUGGAAUGUUGCUCGUAAGGGUGCUAUCCCAGUACCUUACUGCAUGCAUUGUUACUGUAAUAUAUUGAAUCAUUUUGUUCAGAAAAGUUAGCCAGAGGCAAUAAAACCACAUUAUUCGAAAUAAUCAACCAUUUGUGCUCCAAGUACCAACUUACUUGACUAGCUGAUAUUUGACUUCAAACUAAAACGUUGGAUGAAUAUUGAUAUGGAGGUGAAACAAACCUUUGACCUCUAAAAGUAGAGUGUCUGUACCUCUUAUCUGUGCUCCUCCUGCUCCUAGCACCAAGAAGCUAAUCAAUGAUGCUAUCAUGAACAAUGACUUCCUGAAGAAGCUGGAUCCCCAGCACAUGAGGGAGAUGGUAGACUGCAUGUAUGAGAGGAUCUACACUGAUGGCCAACUGGUCAUCCAGGAGGGAGAACCAGGGAACUACCUAUAUGUGCUGGCAGGUCAUAUCAACUUUAUUAACUUACACAGUAUAUCUUUCGCUGUUUGUCUAUACUCAUGCUAGGUUUUGUCUCUUCAGAUGGCCUGCUAGAGGUCAUACAGAAUGGCAAAUUGCUCGGAGAGAUGCGUCCCAGGACUGCCUUUGGAGAGUUGGCUAUAUUGUACAACUGUAAGAGAACUGCUACAGUGAAAGGUGAGUUUAACUAGUAGAGUCUGUAGAAUGAGAGGAUUUCCCCUUUGAGAUACAGUACUUCUCCACACACAUCAUAAACAAAGUGUUCAUUCUCAAGUGCAACAAACCACGCAUGUGACAUACAUAAUUACCCAAGUAUGACAGAGCAGCAUGGUGGAACAUGAUUUUAUGAGAAGUCACCAAGGGACUAUUAAAUCGUCAUUAGAAUGUGCAAAACCAUAUUUCACACAGGUGCUUUCUCUAAUAUUGCAUAGAAUAGUACUGUAGAAACCCCACACCUUUUUCACAUAUUGAAAGUAUGUUCAUGCAAUGUUCAUGCAAUGUUUGGCCAACUCAUAUAACAUUAUAAGAAUACCUGGCCCUGUGAACGUCUGAUGUUGUAUGGUGUGUUGAUUGGACUUGUGAUUUCCAAUGGCCAGCUGUAUCCCAGGCUCAUAUCUGGGCUCUGGACCGCCAGACCUUCCAGAGUAUUAUGAUGAAGUCUACACAGGCCACACAAGAAGAGUACUUCAGCUUCCUACGCAGGUACAGCUUGAGGCUUGGUCCUCAACCCUGAAGCAGGCAUUGAUGUCUAAGGGAGAUUCGCAUGAAAGUUUGAGAUGCGAAUGCAUAGACACUGACUUUACCAAACAUUACGAACACCUUCCUUAUAUUGUGUUGCAAAUGGAAUGGCAUCAAACCAUGUGUUUGGUGUAUUUGAUACCAUUUCGCUCCAGCCAUUACCACGAGCCCGUCCUCCCCAAUUAAGAUGCCAGCAACCUCCUGUGCUACUACCAUACCCCAAUCAAAGACACUUAAAUAUUUUGUCUUGCCCAUUCACCCUCUGAAUGGCACACACACACAAUCCAUCUCUCAAUUGUCUCAAGGCUUAAACAUCCUUAUUCAAGCUGCCCCCCCCCCCCUUCAUCGACACUGAUGGUCUGUCUAUGUCAUGGAAAGAGCAGGUGUUCUUAAUGUUUUGUAUACUCAGUGUAUACUAUUAAGUUAGGAUUUGGCCCAAUAAGGUUAUCUUUGAAGGUUAUCAUUUUUUGCCACAUUUUUUCCCAAUAACUAUCUCUGUGUACUUAUCUUGUGCAGUGUAUCACUGCUGAGAGACCUGCCAGAAGAGAAGCUUUCUAAAAUCGUUGACUGUCUGGAAAUUGUGAGCCUUUACUUUGUUUCUAAUCAGACUUUUGAUUUGGGAAGAUUUGUUGAUAUAAAGAGUUCAUAUUUUGUCUCAUUCCUAGGACUAUUUUGAUAAAGGAGAGUAUAUCAUUCGUGAGGGCGAGGAAGGGAACACUUUCUUCAUUAUAGCUAAAGGAGAGGUAAGACACAAAUGACACAUGGUUCAUUUUUGUAGCUGAAAAGAGUCAUGUUCAUUACAGAGAAGUUAAAGUCCUUAUCCGACCAUGAUAGAUCAUGCAAUCUUAUUGCAGAAAACGUAGUCAGCCAUUUUGGAUCGAGGGCAAAAGAGAUAGCCCUUAACAUGUGUGGUUUCUGGCCAGGUGUGUGUCACCCAGACCACAGAGGGCUGCACUGAGCCUCAGGAGAUAAAGACUCUGGGUGUGGGCGACUACUUUGGAGAAAAAGCCCUCAUAAGGUAAGAGCUGUUACUGAUCUCUUUGACCGACUCAAAAUGUUAAUUGGUCAAAAGCACUCUGGCCUGGUUUGUCUUGCACCAAGGCAAGUUCAAACACACUUGUAACAUACUGUCGGUUCCCUCGUUCUCCCAUGUUAAUAUGUGUUCGUCCACUUUCAAUCAAUUGUCAUUGCUUGCCCCCUGACUGACAAUCCACACAUUUUACCAACAUGUUUUCAAUCAAAUCCUUUCACAAUAUUGUAGAGUAGUGGGCCGUGGAAUGUCUUUCUGAUGACAAAGACAUGCAUUAUCCAACAGCUAUUGCAUGAUUCUUUUGUGAAUUUCCAUUGGAUUCAGUUGUGUGUAGUUCUGCUGAAUACGACUGUCUGUUUCUUUCCAGUGAGGAUGUGCGUUCAGCAAACAUAAUCUCUACUGAGAAUAACACACAGUGCUUGGUGGUGGACAGAGAGUGAGUGCCUUCACUGCACACACACAUGCAUGCACGCACGCGCGCGCACACACACACACACACACACACACACACUGAAAUGAAACAGCAGUCAUGUUUUUAUGCCACCUUUCCAGCAACUUCAACCAGAUGGUGGGCACUUAUGAGGAACUGCAGGCGUACCUGAAGGAAUACGUCGAAGAGCUCUCCCGAUGUGAUGAGAGGAGAAAUGCACUGUAAGUAGUUCCACAAAAUUACUGUUUCCACAUAAUUCAAAUAUCAAAUGGCAGUUACAUUGACAAAUACCCACCCACCCCAGACAUUUUAGGGCCUCACUGUGGUCAGAAACAGAGAUUUAGGAGGGCACCAUUGAACCCAAAUAGUUCCCUCUUCCUCCCUCCCUCCUUCUCUCCUUCCACAGGCCCCUUUCCCCCCUUAUCGACUCGUCGCCAGAGGCCCAAGAGGUGCGUCGCCUCAGGGAGAGGAUUGCCGUCCUCCCCACCCAUGACCCCUUCCAGGACCUGGAGGUCAUAGCCACACUGGGCAUGGGUGGGUUCGGCCGAGUAGAGCUGGUGAGUGGCCUGACGUCUGGGUCACACCACACCAUAGAGCACCACACCAUAAAGCAAUGGCAAAAACAACAGCAUAGGGCAUAGGCCUACAGUUCCUAUAAAAACAAUGUGACAUAAUGUCAACAAUAGUUAUGUUUAUAUUGCAGGUGAAACUGAGAGAUGAAGACACCACAUUUGCUCUGAAGUGUAUUAAAAAGAAGCACAUUGUGGACACGAGACAACAGGAGCACAUCUACUCUGAGAGGAACAUCCUUCAGCUGACCAACUCACACUUCAUAGUCAGGUCUGCGUCAUGUGCUCAUGAUGCGCUCUGGUUGUCCUCACACAACACUGCCUAUUGCAGAGUCCCCAAAGCAUUGUAAACAUCCAUAGCCUUUUAUUCAGGCUUUUGUUCAAGCUUUGACAGCUGCAUGCUUUUCUUAGAGUACUUCACAUGAUACAUGUUUUUAUCAGUGUGAAGGAGUUCCAAUAUGAAUGGAACAUGACUGCUGUCACCUGAACCAUAUGACAAUCAGGUUCACCCUUAAGAGCAAGAGGGAGACAACACAUUCUUACACUUUAGUCAUUUAGCAGACGCUCUUAUCCAGAGCGACUUACAGUUAGACACAUAUUGAUAUUUGCAAGGCCUCCCAUGUGGAAAAUCAUAUACAGUGGGGCCCGAAAUUAUUGACACACUUGAUAAAGAUGAGCAAUAAUGACUGUAUAAAAUAAAUAAUUAAAAUACUGAACUAUAUUGAGCUGUAUUGUAUGCUCAAAUGCUAACCUCCCCUGUUAUUGGUAAUGGUGUGAGGUUAGCAUGUCUUGGGGGUAUGAUCUUAGACCCUCUGUAACUUCCUCACUCAUCAUUAUUCAUGAUUCGUUCAGGAUUAUCCAUAAUGAUGGUGGCAUCCAUAUUAAUGUAGUGUGUUUAUACAUUUGUAUUAUCUUAUUUACAAUAAAAGUGACUCCAAAAUGACACAAUACAUUAUUUGGGCACAAAAUAAUCUGAAACACAACCAAAACAAACUGCAAAGGCAUCCAUCAAGUUUGUAGAGUCACAAGCUUGGUGUAGUCAUUGCGUGCUAGGAAUAUGGGACCAAAUACUAAACUUUUGACUACUUUAUUUAUAAGAAUCUUUAGGGGUGUCAAUCAUAUUGACCCUAACCUUUUUGAGAGAAGUUAAAAUUAUUUGUUUUAUACAUUUACGUCAUUUAGCAGACGCUCUUAUCCAGAGCGACUUACAGUUAGUGAGUGCAUACAUUAUAUUUUUCAUACUGGCCCCCCGUGGGAAUCGAACCCACAACCCUGGCGUUGCAAACGCCAUGCUCUACCAACUGAGCUACAUCCCUGCCGGCCAUUCCCUCCCCUACCCUGGACGACGCUGGGCCAAUUGUGUGCCGCCCCAUGGGCUCCCGGUCAUGGCCGGCUACGACAGAGCCUGGAUUCGAACCAGGAUCUCUAGUGGCACAGCUAGCACUGCGAUGCAGUGCCUUAGACCACUGCGCCACUCGGGAGACACGUCAUCUUAAUCAAGGGUGUCAAUAAUUUCGGGCCCCACUAUAGGUUUUGUACUCUAUUUCCCAUCAUCAACUGCUUUUUGAGGAUCUUGUACUGUUUCAUAAAAAACAAUGUAUGGUUAUACAAUAUCAUACAAUCGCAGUAGGUUGAUUUAUGCAAAGUGGGACCUCGUGUAUCCGCUGAAUGCAUAAACAAACAGUUAAGUGAAGGACAAAUUCAUUGUUCAGAUCUAUGAAACAGAGAAGAGAGUGUUUGUAUUCACAAUGGAAAUUAAUACAGCAUGUAUUAUAUCCAUCUAGUCAAUGAGUAAUGCAUGUUUAGAGUGGUUUCAAACAAAAGUCAAACUUGAAAUAUAAAUGAGGCAGUAGCUGCUUAGCCCAGUCUUACUUUCAGAUACUUUUGAUGUUUUUGAAGUUCAGGAAACAAAUAUUGUGAUCUUCUGGUAUAACUAGGUUUCCAUCCAAUUGGCGACAGAUUUUCAUGCGAAUAUUCUAAAAUCUGCAUAAAACAAUAUGCUCAUUUUCACAACAGAGAUGUGCUUCCAUUAAACUUACUUAUUGCGGAUAAAAGGCUGUGCGUGAUGACGUAGUGCACAUAAAAAUACCUUUUGCGAUUUAAUUCCAAUGUAUUGAAUAAAAAGUUAAAUGGGUUUCCAUUGCAUUUUUCAGCUCUACUGAUGGUUUGUCACAAAAACCGUUGCGUUAUAUAGCAAAUGUGCCCACUCUGGUCUUGGCACGUGCUCUCUAGCCAACAGCUCCCAGAUACAGUGCAGGUAGGCUAACUAUACAUUAUGAGAUUAUUAUGGAUGAGAGCGAGAUAAUUGUUAUUUGUCAAACGGCAGCCAAGCAUCGAUCAUCAUGUCACCAGAAUAAGACCCUAGAUAUUUAUUGGAAAGGAGCAUCAAGCUCCUCACUUUCACCACCCUGUGAAGUUCACAUUCAUUUAUUUAAUCUGUAGCCUAAUAAACUGCAUGCUUUCACGAGUAGUAGUGAGACGUCCACACAACAUAUCGUUGCGUGACUCCAAAUUUACUUCGAUAUUAUGGUUAUUAUAUCAAUAUUUGCACAUAAAGGCGUUUCCACCGCCAUUUCUCGCAUAAUACAUUUUACUGACACAAAAAAAUCCCACCAUGUUGAACAAACAAAUUGUCUCUAAGCAUUUAUAACAUUUCCAGUUUCCAUCAGUCUAGUUGUGACCUUUUUCAUGCAUCAGGUAAUUCAUCCGCAUGAAAUGGUUGGAUGGAAACUUGGCUAGUUUUAGACAAAGGGAUGCUUAUUCUUUCCCAAGUGAUAUGGUUCCAUUGCCAUUGACUUGAGAGUGAAAGGUCUCAUUUCACUGAAUAUCCUACAGACAAGUCAGUCCUAAGAUUGACAGGGGAAAAGGGACUGUGGAAAUGAAGGGUGUUGACCAUGAAACAAGAAGUGGUUCAUGAGAGGAAAGUUAGAACUUUUUCUCUUAAGAGUGAGAGGCCCGUGUUCUAUGGUCUAGUAGGAGUUGCUAAGGAGUCCCUUUGGAGAAUGUCGUUGUCCUUGGUCUCACCACUGAGUGUAGACUGAGGUAUGAUUUAUCUGCCCUGUGACAUUCAAGGACAAAAGGUCUGGGCAAACACUGAUUCCUGCUGCCACUCAAAGAGGAAAGUUCAGUUUGAAUGCCAUAUCCAUCUUCACACAUCUCUAUUUUCUCUCUUUCUCAAAAUGUUCCUUUCUCUCACUCUGCUUUCCUAGUAACUGUUCUUUUGGCCUCAAUUGACAAACAGAUCCAAGGCAAACAAAAAGCAGCUUAACUACUUAACAGAAGAUCUCUAUCAAGCAGUCAUGUCUUUAAGAACCCCGGAACAGUAACAUUGUUCAGAUGGUCCUUGUGCACUAAGUCCUCUAAAUGUUACUUUGUGUUCCAGGUUGUUUCGGACAUUCCGAGAUGACAAGUAUGUGUACAUGCUACUGGAGGUCUGCCUGGGUGGGGAGCUGUGGAGUGUACUACGGGACAUGUGAGUGUAGGUUGUCUUACAUCUGCUAAAACACCUAAAAAGCCUGUAAUCAAUAGAGCUUGCAAGCUUGUAGUCCUAAAACUACAAUUUUUUGGAUUUACCUCUGGUUCGUUCAGCCACUCCUAUGGGCAAAAUGAAUGGGGAAAGAAGCCUUUAUGUGCCUUGUGUUUUUUUAAAUGACAGAAAUGCUUCAAAAUUCUUAAAAAGUUACGUUAGCUGAUUAAGAUUAUCUCAUAGAACAAAACGUAUAAGAUGUCUAAAGCCUGUGUUUACCACAGACCUUAUUUUCUACGUUUAUCCCAAAAACCUACAAAAACUCCAUUAAUUUUCCCAUAGGCUUUGUCCAACGGACCAUGGCGGAGUUAGUGCCUAAAAAAAGACAACAUUAUUAUUGCUCUCUAUAAUGCCAGUCAAAAGAAAUCAGUACUAAGUCCUAGUAUGUGUCUUAAUGUUGGCCUUGACUGUGAAACAGGAGUUCCUUUGAGGAGCAGACAGCCCGCUUCUGCAUUGCCUGUGUCCUGGAAGCCUUUGACUACCUCCACGCCAGAGGAAUCAUCUACAGAGACCUGAAACCUGAGAACCUACUACUGGAUGCAGAAGGCUAUGUCAAAAUAGUAGUAGACCUUCAUUUGAUCACUGCUCAUUUUCAGUUGCUUGUACAUAGUCAUACACUACAUGACCAAAUAUAUGUGGACACCACUAACAUUGGAGCACUUUGAAGUGUUUUAUGCGUGUGCUAAAGACAACAGUAAAAGCAUUGUGCAAGCUAGCAUUCCUUCCUUCAACCUUUCAGGGCUAAUGUAUAUGCAUGUCCGCUGACGACUUUGCUGAGAGACUGAUCUGAGACACGAUCUAGGCGUGUGUUAUUGUUUUCAAAAUCUGAUGAAUGAACCAACAGUUGACCCCUGUAAAAACAGACCUACGAAAACAAAUAAGGUGAAGUACAGUUAGUAAAUCAUAUUAACAGGUUGCCAAGAUAGACUACAUGACCAAAAGUAUGUGGACACCUGCUCGUCGAACAUCUCAUUCCAAAAUCAUGGGCAUUAAUAUGGAGUUGGUCCCCCCUUGGUCCCCCCUUUGCUGCUAUAACAGCCUCCACUAGAUGUUGGAACAUUGCUGUGGGGACUUGGUUCCAUUCAGCCACAAGAGCAUUUGUGAGGUCAGGCACUGAUGUGGGGCGAUUAAGACUGGCUCGCAGUCGGUGUUCCAAUUCCUCCCAAAGGUGUUCGAGGGGGUUGAGUUCAGGGCUCUGUGUCAAGUUCUUCCACACUGAUCUCGACAACCCAUUUCUGUAUGGACCUUGCUUAGUGCACGGGGGCGCUGUCAUGCUGAAACAGGAAAGGGCCUUCCCCAAACUGUUGCCACAAAGUUGGAAGCACAGAAUCGUCUACAAUGUCAUUGUACUGUAUGCAUUAAGUUUUCCCUUCACUGGAACUAAGGGACUUAGCCCAACCAUGAAAAACAGACCCAGACCAUUAUUCCUCCUCCACCAAACUUUACAGUUGGCACUAUGCAUUCGGGCAGGUAGCAUUCUCCUGGCAUCCGCCAAACCCAGAUUUGUCCAUCGGACUGCCAGUUGGUGAAGCGUGAUUCAUCAAUCCAGAGAACGUCUUAGGCUUGUGUGCGGAUGCUCGGCCAUGGAAACUCAUUUCAAGAAGCUCCCGACGAACAGUUCUUGUGUUGACAUUGCUUCCAAAGGAAGUUUGGAACUCGGUAGUGAGUGUUGCAACUGAGGCCAGACGAUUUUUACGCGCUACGGGCUUCAGCACUCGGCGGUCCCGUUCUGUGAGCUUGUGUGGCCUACCACUUCGCGGCUGAGCCGUUGUUGCUCCUAGACGUUUCCACUUCACAAUAACAGCACAGUUGACCGGGGCAGCUCUAGCAGGGCAGAAAUUUGAUGAACUGACUUGUUGGAAAGGUGCCAUCCUAUGACGGUGCCAAAUUGAAAGUCACUGAGCUCUUCAGUAAGGCCAUUCUACUGCCAAUGUUUGUCUAUGGAGAUUGCAUGGCGGUGUACUCAAUUUUAUACACCUGUCAGCAACGGGUGUGGCUGACAUAGCCGAAUCCACUCAUUUGAAGGGGUAUCCACAUACUUUUGUAUAUAUAGUGUAUAUAUCCAUGUUACGGUAUCUGUCUGUUUCCUCAGGCUGACUUUGGUUUUGCUAAGAGGAUAGGCCUGGGGAAGAAGACAUGGACAUUCUGUGGGACCCCAGAGUAUGUGGCCCCAGAGGUCAUCAUGAACAAGGGCCAUGACUUUGGAGCUGACUGCUGGUCUCUGGGGAUCCUCAUCUUUGAGCUGCUGACUGGCAGGUGAGUCAGUGGGACAGUAUGACAUGUGGUCUGCCUUUGACAAUAACACUGCCCCAAAAUGGUGGCGUGUUGUGGACACAGGAUGCGCUUGAAUCUUGAAUAAGACUCUUCAGGUGCUUCACUCUGAGAGGAAGUCAUUAGACAUUAGGCCUCAUUCCGCAACCACGGUAACACGUUUGACAUUAGGAUGUUGAGUGUAUGAGGGUCUAUCAGCCUAUUUGAGAUAGCUUGUUGGGCUGCAUUAGACAAUACAGUGUGUGUAAAUGUCCCAAGCAUAUCCAUGAGACCAGUUAGCUAGCGCCUGUCAUGUUCAUCAUGAACAAGAUCGCUCAAGAUCCCUAUAUGUUUUCUACCCAUUUUCUACCCUCCAACCCACCUCUUCCAGCCCACCAUUUUCUGGAACUGACCCUAUAAAGAUCUACACCAUGGUCCUCCAUGGGAUUGAAAAGGUUGACUUCCCCAAGAGGAUCAGCAAGCGCCCCGAUGACCUCAUCAGGAGACUCUGCAAGUAUGUGGCUGUAGCAUCACUGACUGCUGCUGUAGUAAUCCCAUUAAGCGACAAAUAUAAGGCUGUAGUUGAAUUAAAUGAACAGUGUGUCUGUCUGUCUACUUUGUUUGAGGUAAAGCCAAAACAAAUAAUGAAACUGUAGUGCAUGAAAUGUUUGUGGUCAUACGCACAUCCUUAAAAAUAUAGGUGCUGAGCUAAUAAAGUUUAACCUACAUGAAAAGAACAGAAAGACCUACUGAAAGAGAGCGUAUUUUAGGUAGUGGUUUGUGACUGACACCGUCCCCGGUUAGAUGGGAAUAAAGCAGCCCAAGAGUUAACACACAGGAACUUUAUUUAAACACACUGAAGAAGAUAAGUAUGGGGAAGCACACGGGAAUGAAAAGUGGGAAAGGCAGUGGAAUAAUAGGUGAACGGUAGUGGAGUGGUAGUGGAACACAUGAGGUUGGUGGCAACUUAAUUGGGGAGGACAGGCUCGUGGUAAUGGCUGGAGCGGAAUUAGUGGAAUGGUAUGAAAUAUUUCAAAAACAUGGUUUCCAUGUGUUUGAUGCCAUUCCAUUAGUUCCGUUCCAGCCUUUAUUAUGAGCCGUCCUCCCCUCAGCAGCCUCCACUGUGAAUUAUAGUGGUUCUGAAACAUGAUAAACACAGGUAAUGAAUCCACUGUACACAAUACUAUAACUGAUAGCACAAGUAAAGCAACAAGGCUAUUAACAAGGGAAGGACUGUAUGAAAAUGUAUAGUGAGUCCAGUUAUUGAUGGGCAGAAACAGAGAUGUUGCUCUCUGCCACUGCUUGAGGGACACUGCAAGUAUUGUAUGACCUGUAUCGUGGUCCUCUGUAGCUCAGCUGGUAGAGCACGGCGCUUGUAACGCCAAGGUAGUGUGUUCGAUCCCCGGGACCACCCAUACACAAAAAAAAUGUAUGCACGCAUGACUGUAAGUCGCUUUGGAUAAAAGCGUCUGCUAAAUGGCAUAUUAAUAUUAAUUAAUAUUAAUUAAUUAUUAAUUAAUUAAUUAUUAAAGGAUGGACAGAUGUCCGGCCCCCUAGUAACAUCCCUAGCAACCUAUCAGGGCACAGGUCACACAGGUCAGAGAGAGUUUGAGAGGCAGGUUUAUGGUACCCCCUAGACACUCAGCCUCCAGUCAUGGGGGAUGGGGAGUGGAGUGUGCAGCUCAGGGUUGUGAGGUGCUAAUAAAGGAUUACCACCAUAAAACCACUAAACUUGACGAAGAUCCUCUGGAUCGAAACGUUGUCGUGGUGGUAAUUUGCAGCAUAUAAAGGAUGUGUUCAUAAAUUCACUCUGGCAAUCUGCUCCGAUAGCAGAGCACUCUGUAUUGAGAGUGCCAGAGCGUGGAAUAAUUAAGGGAUUGACCAUCGCCUGACAGGUGUCAGUAAAAAUUUGCAAAAAAAUAAAAAUGUUGCCAGCAGCACAGUUACAGUCACUAACCCUCUAAAUAACAUGAAAACAAUCCAUCUAGGUCUGCUAGGGCAGUAGAGUGUGUUCACUCAUUUGUGUCUGGAAGUAGCUAGCAAGCUAGCCAACUUUAGCCAGUUAUCUUGGGUGCUUGACUGCCGUUGUGAGUUCAGAACGCUCAGAUCAACCCUAGUCUUCGGCCAGAGUGUCCAGUGUGCGCUCUGAACGCUCCGAGAGUGAAACACUCUGAAUUUACGAAUGGACAAUCUGACAAAGCUCUGAAUUUACGAACGACCCAGAGCGCACUUUGACACACUUUCAGCUGACAAAACAAUAUGUUGAUUGUUGACAAAACAAUAUGUUGGCCAUGAAUAGGCUAUUGGAUAAGGCUAGUGAGCACCAUGUUUCAAAUCCUUUGGCCAGCUCAGUGAGUCACACAGCAAUUGGGCCUGUAGUAAUUGACCAGACAAAAACCAUUGAAUGUAAUUGUUCCAUGAGUGGCCUGCAUUGAUAAAAAUCACAUGUCAAACCAGACCAGGUCUGAAUCAAAUAGAUAUCUACUGUAUCAACCUGCUUUCAUGUGUAUAGGGUAUUAGCUGCAAUCAUGUUGUCAGCAUUCUGUUUGUCCAGAUGGUUGUCAACAAUAAAAGGCCCAUGUAUCAUUUCCUGCCUUUAGGCUCAACCCUGUGGAUAGGCUUGGUAAUAAGAAGAACGGCAUCAUCGACAUUAAGAAACACAAGUAGGUCCACUUCUUAUUAAUAAAGCAUCAUCAACAUCACUCCACACCUAUCAUCAUCAACACCAACUACACACCUAGACAAAUCCUAGAUCCUAGCCACUAAUAAGCUAUUGUGAUCCUAAUGAUGCAACAUACAAGGAUACAAGCACUAUUGAAAUAAAUUAUUUGUAACUGCUGUUCUUUAACAUACUCAUCCAUUGACGGAUUUCUGAUCAAAUGCGAUAUAAAUCCAGCUCAGUUUAAACAACUUGCUCAGUGGUGCCUUCAUAACCAGUAGGCUAUGGAUCAUUCUCUCUCCAUUCAGUCACUCAGAGACAUUGGGAUAAUUAUUUCAGAACCCUAAUAAAACUCCCAUUGGUGUCAUACCACUCUGCAUUGUGCAGACAAAUGUGUGAUGAGCACCUUACCCCUCCCUUCUCUUCGGUAUGUCACAAUAGGCAGUAUUGCAUAACAAACAGCACUUCCACCUGGGAGCCAUUAGCUGUGAGAAUGGGGGGUGCAGCUGUCUCCAUACUCAGUAGAGCAGAGCCUGAAUUGAUCAUAGGACUGGCAGAGCUGGCUUCCUCUCAACAGUCAUCCGAGCACUAAUGCUUGAAGCUGGAGGAAUCUGGUUUUGUUUUCAACUCACUGAGCAAAUCAUAAAAUCGUGACAGCCAUUUUGACAUAUGUUUGGUCAUUAGAGAGAUAUUCCUGUUCUGUGUACGCGAGUGAUGUUUCGUAGAAAUGGUAUGUAAACAUUAGUGGCCCUAUCAGCAGUUCAAUAUGACCUACAUUAUUCUGUUUUUAGUGUUGCUAUGAUUGCAUACUCCUGUCUGUGUGUCUUCUUGUAAAAUAAUUCUCUUUUUUUUCACUGCUUGAAACAGGGUCCUAUAGGCUGGGAUCUGUCUUUGUGGAGUGACGUGUGUGCAUGUAUGCAAUAUCUACACCAACUGUUCUGUAUUGUAUUGGGUCUGGUGUAGUGUGUGGGCACUGGGGGAUGAGGGAAUCUGUUGUUCUGACAGACAAUGAAUAACUGACUUUUUGUGACAUCCUGCAGGUGGUUCCAGGGCUUCAACUGGGAGGGGCUGAGACGCCAGAAGCUCAUAUCCCCACUGAAGAGAGAGGUGAAGUGUUCUGAUGCGUAGUAUUCUAUUCACAAAAUAAUAGAUUACAGGUACAUGACCAUCAAAGGAGUUCUUGGAUGUGACUGUAUCUGACUGGUGUUCUUUGAUGUUCCUCUACCCAGCUGAAGGGGCCGAUGGACCACAGCCACUUUGACAUCUUCCCCCCAGAGCUGGAGAAGCCUCCAGAUGAGCUGUCAGGCUGGGACAAGGACUUCUGA